UGGCGCCGAUUUUCGACGCGUAGAUCUCACCGGCUAGCACAGUUCAGAGAUUUUCCUCGCGUCCUCUCCGGCCUUCCGCUUCCGCUGCCUUCUCCCCCCACUAGCCCACUGCUCCUCCUUUCCUCUCUCCGCCCACAGCUCGAACGCCACCACCUCCGUCCUACGCAGCGUUCGAAACCCUAGCGCCGAUCCCCGUCGCCACUCGAUCGCAGACGCUUGGACGGGCUCGGGGCCCAUGACGAGCCGCCUCUGAGCGCGCAAGAGGCUAGACUGCUGGGUGUCGUCUAGCUAGAUCCGAGGGGCUUCCGCCGAUGGCUAGGGCGGAGGCCAACUGGGAGCGGCUGGUGCGCGCCGCGCUGCGCGGGGAGCGGCUCGUCGGCGCCUACGGGCAGCCGGUCACCGGCAUCGCCGGGAACGUGCCGUCGUCGCUUGGCAACAACGUGCACAUCGAGGAGGUGCUCCGCGCCGCCGACGAGAUCCAGGAUGAAGACCCCACCGUCGCCAGGAUCCUUUGUGAGCAUGCUUACACGCUAGCCCAGAGUUUGGAUCCCAACAGCGAAGGGAGAGGAGUAUUGCAGUUCAAAACCGGUUUAAUGUCAGUGAUCAGGCAAAAACUAGCGAAGAGGGAAGGUGGUCCUAUUGACCGAAGUCAGGAUAUUGCUAAAUUGCAAGAAUUUUACAAGCUUUAUAGAGAAAAGCAUAAAGUGGAUGAGUUGAUUGAAGAUGAAAUGAAGCUGAGGGAAUCAGCUGUGUUCAGCGGUAACCUUGGAGAGCUGGAACGGAAAACCAGAAAGCGCAAAAAAGUACUUGCGACUUUGAAGGUCUUAUGGUCGGUAAUUGAGGAUAUCACAAAGGAAAUAUCACCGGAGGAUGCAAAAAAUUUGAUAUCUGAAGAGAUGAAAAAGGUCAUGCAAAAGGACGCAGCAAGGACGGAGGAUGUUGUUCCAUAUAAUAUCAUUCCUCUGGAUUCCUUGACUUCUACCACUAAUGCAAUUGUGAAUUUUCCGGAGGUGAGGGCAGCAAUAUCAACUCUUCAGUACCAUGGGGAUCUGCCCAGGCUUCCUAGUACCUUUUCAGUCCCUGAUGCUAGGAAUUCGGAUAUCCUGGAUCUUUUACAAUGUGUAUUUGGUUUUCAGGAGGAUAAUGUGAAAAACCAAAGAGAGCAUAUCAUUCACCUAUUGGCAAAUGAACAAUCUCGUGUGGGAAAACUAUCAGAGAACGAACCGAAAAUUGAUGAGGGUGCCGUGCAUGCUGUGUUUUCUAAAGCCCUUGAUAACUAUAUCAAAUGGUGCAACUAUCUGCCCCUUCGUCCUGUCUGGGAUAACACUGAUUCAUUGACAAAGGAAAAGAAGUUGCUAUAUGUCUGUUUGUACUACUUGAUGUGGGGAGAAGCUGCCAAUGUGCGAUUUAUUCCAGAGGGCUUAUGCUACAUAUUUCAUCAUCUAGCAAGAGAAUUAGGUGAGAUUUUGCGAAAACAAACUGUAGAGCCAGCUGAAAGCUGUAGUUCUGGUGGUGGCGUGUCGUUUCUUGACAAAGUCAUUUAUCCUUUGUAUGAAAUCAUGGCAGCGGAAGCAGCCAAUAAUAAAAACGGGCGUGCACCGCAUUCUGAAUGGAGAAAUUAUGAUGAUUUCAAUGAGUUUUUCUGGUCUCAUAAGUGCUUUCACCUAGGAUGGCCUUGGAAGCUGAGCGACCCGUUUUUCUCUAAGCCCAGUAGGAAGGAUAAGGGCUUGCUAGGUAGGAAUCAUCACUACGGAAAGACAUCUUUUGUGGAACAUAGGACUUUUCUUCAUCUUUACCACAGCUUUCAUCGCCUUUGGAUGUUCCUUAUUAUGAUGUUUCAGGGACUAACUAUCAUUGCUUUCAAUGAUGGUAGUUUUGACAGGAAGACCAUAUUGCAACUUCUUAGUCUGGGUCCUACUUAUGUUGUAAUGAAAUUUAUUGAGAGUCUAUUGGAUAUUCUAAUGAUGUAUGGUGCCUAUUCAAAGUCUCGUGGAUCUGCAAUCACUAGGGUGGCAUGGCGAUUCUGCUGGUUUACUGUAGCUUCAGUUGCGAUUUGCUACCUAUAUAUCAAGGCACUUCAAGAUGGCACAGAGUCAGCAACAUUCAAGAUAUAUGUUUUUGUAAUCAGUGCAUAUGUGGGCGCUAAGAUAAUUAUCAGCCUACUUACGAGUGUCCCUUGUUGCCAUGGUUUGGCUGAGGCUUGCUAUCGCUGGUCUGCUGUACGCCUUGUUAAGUGGAUGCAUCAGGAGAAUAAUUAUGUUGGAAGAGGCAUGCAUGAGAGCCCCCUUGACUAUAUCAAAUACGCCACUUUCUGGAUUGUAAUUCUUGGUGCAAAAUUUUCAUUCACCUAUUUUCUCCAGAUAAAACCUCUUGUAAGUCCAACAAGAACUAUAAUCAGUUUCAGAGGCCUGCAGUAUGCUUGGCAUGACUUUGUCUCAAAGAAUAAUCAUAAUGCUCUUACAAUCCUUUCUUUAUGGGCUCCAGUGCUGUCAAUUUACCUUUUGGACAUUCAUGUAUUCUACACCGUAUUGUCUGCUAUUUAUGGAUUUCUCCUUGGUGCACGCGAUCGCUUGGGAGAGAUUAAUAAUGUCGAGGCAGUUCAUAGAUUCUUUGAGAAGUUUCCUAGAGAAUUCAUGCAUAGACUUCAUGUUGCUGUUCCAAAAAGGAAGCAAUUGCUAUCUUCUGGUCAGGAAACGGAAUUAGACAAGUUUGAUGCAUCUAGAUUCUCCCCCUUCUGGAAUGAAAUUGUGAGGAAUUUACGGGAAGAGGAUUAUAUUAACAAUUUUGAAUUAGAAUUGCUUUUGAUGCCCAAAAAUGACGCUGGAGUGCUUCCGAUUGUGCAGUGGCCACUUUUCUUGCUUGCUAGCAAGGUUUUCUUGGCCAAAGAGAUUGCAGAGGACUGCAAAGACUCACAAGAAGAACUUUGGCUAAGGAUAUCUAAGGAUGAAUACAUGCAAUAUGCUGUUGUAGAGUGCUUCCACAGCAUUUAUCAUAUUCUGACGUCUAUACUAGAGAAAGAAGGACGCCUCUGGGUGGAAAAGAUUUAUGGUGGUAUCCGGGACAGCAUUUCAAACAGGACCAUCCAAAGUGAUCUUCAUUUCAAAAAGUUGCCUAAUGUUAUUGCCAAGCUUGUUGCUGUAUUGGGAAUACUGCGAGGUACGACAGAGUCCAGUGAUCUGAAAAAAGGUUUGGUUAAUGCUAUUCAAGAUCUAUAUGAUGUUGUUCAUCAUGAAGCGUUUUCUGUUAAUAUGAGUGGCCACAUUGAAGACUGGGAUCAAAUUAAUUUAGCAAGGGCUGAAGGUCGCCUCUUCAACAAACUCAAGUGGCCAAAUGAUCCCAAAUUGAAGGACUUGAUCAAGCGAUUGUAUUCACUUCUGACAAUUAAAGAAUCAGCUGCAACUGUCCCUAAAAAUUUAGAAGCCAGGCGGAGACUUCAGUUCUUUACGAACUCUCUGUUCAUGGAAAUGCCCCUUGCACGGCCUGUUUCAGAAAUGGUCUCCUUUAGCGUGUUUACUCCAUAUUACUCUGAGAUUGUUCUCUACAGCAUGGCUGAACUGCAGAAGAAAAAUGAAGAUGGUAUAACUACACUGUUUUAUCUCCAGAAGAUUUACCCAGAUGAAUGGAAGAACUUCCUCACUCGUAUCAACAGGGAUGAAAAUACGCCAGACUCUGAGCUUUUUGGCAACCCAAAUGACAUACUUGAACUACGUCUAUGGGCUUCUUAUCGUGGGCAGACCUUAGCUCGAACUGUCCGUGGCAUGAUGUACUAUAGGAAAGCCCUUAUGCUGCAGAGUUAUUUGGAGAGGAUACAAUCCGAAGAUUUGGAAUCUACAUUAGGGUUGACUAGUUCAGCUGAUACACAUUUUGAGUUGUCACCUGAGGCGCGUGCACAGGCUGAUUUGAAGUUUACAUAUGUGGUUACCUGCCAAAUUUAUGGAAAACAGAAGGGGGAAGGGAAACCUGAAGCUGCAGACAUAGCCUUACUAAUGCAAAGGAAUGAAGCUCUUAGAGUUGCCUACAUUGAUGAAGUUGAGAAUGCUAAGAAUGGAAAACCCAUCACUGAGUAUUACUCAAAGCUUGUGAAAGCUGAUAUUCAUGGGAAGGACAAGGAAAUUUAUUCGAUUAAAUUGCCUGGCAAUCCAAAGCUUGGAGAGGGAAAACCUGAAAAUCAAAAUCAUGCCAUAAUAUUCACUCGUGGAAAUGCAGUGCAAACUAUUGAUAUGAAUCAGGAUAACUACUUCGAGGAGGCACUUAAAAUGAGGAAUCUACUUGAGGAGUUCUCUCUGAAGCGUGGCAAGCAUUACCCUUCAAUUCUUGGUGUUAGAGAGCAUGUCUUCACGGGAAGUGUUUCCUCCUUGGCCUCAUUUAUGUCUAACCAAGAGACAAGUUUUGUGACAUUAGGACAACGUGUUCUGGCUAACCCACUGAAAGUGAGAAUGCACUAUGGUCAUCCAGAUGUUUUUGAUAGAAUUUUUCAUAUAACAAGGGGUGGAAUUAGUAAGGCCUCCCGCAGCAUCAAUAUCAGUGAGGAUAUAUAUGCAGGAUUCAACUCAACGCUGCGUCAAGGAUGCAUAACUCAUCAUGAGUAUAUUCAGGUUGGCAAAGGUAGGGAUGUUGGACUUAAUCAGAUUGCACUCUUUGAAGGAAAAGUUGCUGGUGGAAAUGGUGAACAAGUUCUUAGCCGAGACAUAUAUAGACUCGGACAACUUUUUGACUUUUUCAGGAUGUUAUCCUUCUACGUGACAACUGUUGGAUUCUACUUCUGUACUAUGCUAACUGUGCUGACAGUGUACAUAUUUCUCUAUGGGAAAACGUAUCUGGCCUUAUCUGGUGUUGGAGAAUCAAUUCAAAGUAGAGCGGAUAUACUGCACAACACAGCCUUGGAUGCUGCUCUGAACACUCAAUUUCUUUUCCAGAUUGGUGUAUUUACUGCAGUGCCCAUGAUUCUUGGUUUCAUCCUUGAAUCAGGUGUCUUAACGGCUUUUGUUCAAUUUAUUACAAUGCAGUUCCAACUAUGCUCUGUAUUUUUCACUUUCUCACUUGGAACAAGGACCCACUACUUUGGCCGUGCAAUAUUACAUGGAGGUGCAAAGUAUAGAGCAACUGGUAGAGGUUUUGUGGUACGGCAUAUCAAGUUUGCUGAGAACUAUCGUAUUUAUGCUCGAAGCCAUUUUGUGAAAGGGAUGGAGGUUGCACUUUUGUUGGUUAUCUUCCUAGUGUAUGGGUUUAACAAUGGUGGAGCAGUUGGCUAUAUUUUACUCUCUAUAAGCAGUUGGUUUAUGGCAUUGUCUUGGCUUUUUGCUCCCUACUUAUUUAACCCAUCUGGAUUUGAAUGGCAGAAGAUCGUCGAGGAUUUCAGAGACUGGACAAAUUGGCUGUUUUAUCGAGGUGGUAUUGGUGUUAAAGGAGAAGAAAGCUGGGAAGCUUGGUGGGAAGAAGAACUGCAACAUAUUUACAGCAUUCGAGGGAGGAUACUGGAAACCAUACUAAGCCUGAGGUUUUUCAUCUUCCAAUACGGAGUUGUUUACCACAUGCAUGCCAGCAGAGAAAGUACAGCUUUAUCGGUGUAUUGGAUUUCGUGGGCUGUGCUUGGUGGCCUUUUCAUCCUCCUCUUGGUAUUUGGUUUAAACCCCAAGGCCAUGGUACAUUUCCAAUUGUUCCUGCGUCUAGUCAAAAGUAUAGCGUUAUUGAUGGUUUUGGCUGGUCUGGUCCUGGCAAUUUUGUUUACGGAACUCAGUAUCGGAGACGUUUUUGCUUCGAUUCUAGCAUUUGUGCCAACUGGGUGGGGAAUCAUUUCGAUUGCCAUGGCAUGGAAACCUGUCGUGAAGAAAUUGGGUUUGUGGAAAACUGUCCGUGCCCUAGCUCGCCUGUAUGAUGCUGGCACGGGGAUGAUCAUUUUCAUACCCAUAGCCAUUUGCUCGUGGUUUCCAUUCAUAUCCACAUUCCAGACGCGACUUCUGUUCAACCAGGCGUUCAGCAGAGGUUUGGAGAUAUCUCUCAUCCUUGCUGGCAACAAUCCAAAUGCUGGGAUUUGAUGGUGGCAGUUCCGGUCUUGCUUCACCAAUCUGACUGUGGACCUUUCUUACUUUAAUUAAUCCUCAGUUAACAGUAGCGAUGUACAUAUCUGAUAUCUCCAUGUUCACCGGCAGUUGUUUGCCGUGGGUAUAAAUGUGAACGGCAAUAUUUCUAGAGGUAGCUUGUAUCUGUAUUUGUUCAGCCGGUGUACUUUGUAUGCCACAUCUUAUUUUUUUACAUUGAUAUAUGUGCUGAUUGCAUCAACUGGUUAAUCUUUGUUCAACUGGUUAGUCCUUUUCUCUCA